UGAUGAAUACAUUGGAAAGUUUUUUUGGCCCUGGUGAGGGUGUCAGAUUGAAUGCUCUGUGCGCAUGUGCGAAGGUGUCCAAACUGACAAUGCUGGGGAGAUGAAGAUAGUGUGUAGCUGCUUCUGGGCUCAAGGAGGAGGAGAGGAAUCCACACGCCGACACGAUGAGAUCCAAGGCGAGGGCGAGAAAACUGCCCAAAAGUGACAGCGAGAUUGUAAAUAAUAUGUACGAGACCGACCCCGAUCUCCUUGCUGGAGAGAGCGCAGAGGAGGAAACUGAGGACAGUAUAAUGUCCCCCAUCCCUGUGGGACCUCCGUCACCCUUCCCCACCAGUGAGGACUUCACUCCCAAGGAGGGCUCACCCUAUGAAGCUCCCGUCUACAUUCCUGAUGACAUUCCAAUCCCACCAGAUUUUGAACUCAGAGAAUCUUCGAUCCCAGGGGCAGGGCUAGGGAUUUGGGCCAAAAAGAAGAUUGAAGUUGGGGAAAGAUUUGGACCCUAUAUGGCAGUGCAGAGGAGCACAUUAAAGGAAACAAACUUUGGAUGGGAGCAAAUACUGACUGAUCCCGAGGUGACCUCCCAGGAGGGCAAUAUAAAAAAGAUUCCCGAUGCCCUGGGCACUGACAAGUUCUGCACUGACUCUGGCCAGGGCGGGGCUGGCAACUGGCUGAAGUACAUCCGAGUGUCCUGCUCCUGCGACGAGCAGAACCUGGCCGUGUGCCACAUCAACGAGCAGGUCUAUUAUAAAGUUAUUAAAGAGAUUGAGCCGGGAGAAGAGCUCCUGGUGUGCCUGAAGGAAGGAGGUUAUUCCCUUGGGAACAUGGCACCCAGCAUGGAAGAGGAGCCCUCGUUCCGCUGCGAGGACUGCGAUGAGCUGUUCCAGUCCAAGCUGGACCUGCGGCGCCACAAGAAGUACGGCUGCAGCGCCGUGGGUGCCCUGUACGAGAGCCUCAGCGACGACAUCAAGCAGGAAGGGCUGGGAGAUGGACAGGGCUACGAGUGCAAGGACUGUGAGAGGAUGUUCCCCAAUAAAUACAGCCUGGAGCAGCACAUGGUGAUCCACACCGAGGAGAGGGAGUACAAGUGUGACCAGUGUCCCAAGGCUUUCAACUGGAAAUCCAACCUGAUCCGGCACCAAAUGUCUCACGACAGUGGGAAACGGUUUGAAUGUGAAAACUGUGUUAAGGUGUUUACGGACCCCAGCAACCUCCAGCGGCACAUCCGCUCCCAGCACGUGGGGGCUCGAGCCCACGCCUGCCCCGACUGUGGCAAGACCUUCGCCACCUCCUCGGGCCUCAAGCAGCACAAGCACAUCCACAGCACUGUCAAACCUUUCAUAUGUGAGGUCUGUCACAAAUCCUACACGCAGUUCUCCAACCUGUGCCGCCACAAGCGGAUGCACGCGGACUGCCGCACCCAGAUCAAGUGCAAGGACUGCGGGCAGAUGUUCAGCACUACCUCCUCCCUCAACAAGCACCGGCGCUUCUGCGAGGGCAAGAACCAUUACAGCCCCGCUGGCAUCUUCGCCCCCGGCCUCCCCCUCACGCCCAGCUCCAUGAUGGACAAAUCCAAGCCCUCUCCCAACCUCAACCACGCCAGCCUGGGUUUUAAUGAGUAUUUCCCAUCCCGCCCGCAUCCCGGCGGGCUCCCGUUCUCGCCGGCUCCCCCAGCCUUCCCCGCCCUCACCCCGGGGUUCCCGGGGAUUUUUCCGCCUUCUCUGUACCCCAGGCCCCCCUUGUUACCACCCACACAACUGCUCAAAAGUCCCCUCAACCACACUCCGGACGCGAAGCUCCCCAGCCCCCUCGGGAACCCGGCGCUGCCGCUCAUCUCCGCCGUGAGCAACAGCAACCAGCAGCCUUCAGGAGAGGAGAAAUGUGAAAGCAGCCUGGAAAACUCCUACCUGGAGAAGCUAAAAGCCAGGAACAGUGACAUGUCUGAUGGCAGUGACUUUGAGGAUGUCAAUACAACCACAGGCACGGAUCUGGACACCACGACUGGCACCGGCUCCGACCUGGACAGCGACGCGGAGAGCGACAGGGACAAAACGAAAGACAAGAGCAAACAGAUGGAGACCAAGCCAGAUUUCGUCAGCAGCUCGGUGUCUGCGAGUUCCACCAACACCACGAGCGAGAUCCCCCUCUUCUAUUCUCAGCAUUCCUUCUUUCCUCCCCCCGAGGAGCACCUGCUGCCCACCACGGGGGCGGCCAAUGACUCGAUUAAAGCCAUCGCCUCCAUCGCAGAGAAGUAUUUUGGGCCUGGCUUUAUGGGGAUGCAGGAGAAAAAGAUGGGUUCGCUCCCCUAUCAUUCCAUGUUCCCUUUCCAGUUCCUCCCCAAUUUCCCCCACUCCCUCUACCCUUUCACGGAGCGGACCCUCAAUCACAACUUGCUGGUCAAGGCAGAACCAAAGUCACCCAGGGACCUCCACAAAGUCGGCGGCACCAGCUCGGAGUCCCCCUUCGAUCUCACCACCAAGCCAAAAGAGAUGAAGCCAAUCCUGCCGCCCCCCAAGGUCCUCCCAGCCCCGUCCUCAGGGGAGGAGCAGCCACUGGAUCUGAGCAUUGGCAACCGCAUCCGAGCCAGCCAGAACGGAGGGAGAGAGCCACGGAAAAACCACAUUUAUGGGGAGAGGAAGCUGAUGGCAAGUGAGGUCUUACCUAAGAUUUCCCAGUCCCAGCUGCCUCAGCAGCCCUCCCUGCACUACGCUAAGCCAUCGCCCUUUUUCAUGGACCCCAUCUACAGGGUGGAGAAGCGGAAGGUGACAGACCCCGUGGGUGCCCUCAAGGAGAAGUACCUGCGACCCUCCCCGCUGCUUUUUCACCCCCAGAUGUCGGCCAUCGAGACGAUGACGGAGAAACUGGAGAGCUUUGCAGCCCUGAAGGCCGACUCUGGCUCAUCCCUGCAGCCCCUUCCCCACCACCCCUUCAACUUCAGAUCGCCUCCACCCACGCUCUCCGACCCCAUCCUGCGCAAGGGCAAGGAGCGCUACACCUGCAGGUACUGCGGCAAGAUCUUCCCACGCUCGGCCAACCUGACGAGGCAUCUGCGGACACACACUGGGGAGCAGCCUUACAGGUGUAAAUACUGUGACAGGUCAUUCAGCAUUUCCUCCAACCUGCAGCGGCACGUGCGGAACAUCCACAACAAGGAGAAGCCAUUCAAGUGUCACCUGUGCAACAGGUGCUUCGGCCAGCAGACCAACCUCGACAGGCACCUGAAGAAACACGAGCACGAGAAUGUUCCAGUGAGCCAGCACUCCGGAGUCAUCACCAACCACCUCGGGACCAGCGCCUCCUCCCCCAACUCGGAAUCAGACAACCAUGCACUUUUAGACGAAAAAGAGGAUUCCUACUUCUCAGAAAUCAGAAAUUUUAUUGCAAAUAGCGAGAUGAACCAAGCGUCGGCUUUAGCAGAUAAAAGGCCAGAAAUCCAGGAUAUUGACGGCAACUCCCAGUGCCACGGAUUGGCAAACGAGAAGACAGAAGAUGUGGACGAUGAGGACGAAGAACUGGAAGAGGAAGAUGAUGACAGCCUGACUGGGAAGUCCCAGGACGAGACGGCGUCGCCCACGGCGGAGCCCCGGGGAGCGUUCGAGGAUGAGGAGGAUGAGGAGCCCACGUCUCUGACCAUGAGCUUUGACCACACCCGAAGGUGUAUUGAGGAGGACGAAGCCGGCCUGUUAGAUUUGGAGCAGAUGCCGAAUUUUGGGAAGGGGCUGGAUCUCCGCAAAGCAGCCGAGGAAGCAUUUGAAGUUAAAGAUGUGUUUAAUUCCACCUUAGACUCUGAGGCAAUAAAACAGACUCUGUACAGGCAGGCUAAAAACCAGGCUUAUGCAAUGAUGCUGUCCCUGUCUGAGAACGCUCCCCUCCACACGUCCUCCCAGAACUCUCUGGGGGCUUGGCUGGACAUGGCAGGAGCAGCUUCAGAGUCGGGGACCUUUAACCCCAUCAACCACCUCUGAGAGGUCCACAAGGCACUGGCCGGAGCCCAGGCGAGGCGUGGGGGUGCUGCAGCCAUCCCAGCAAAAUCCCAGCCAGCACAAGAUGGAUGAGAGGGCCUCAGGGAGUCGUCUGGACUUUGGGCUGAGAAGGAAACCUGUCGCAUCCGACCUACACGUCCUGCAUUUUUUAUCUCUCCAGAGUUUUCCUUUCUAAUUUAUCAGAAUGAACCUCUCCCAAACUGGAUAACCCUGAAGCAGCCCCAGGAUUUCACAGCCUGUAGGAAUAGCAUGAGCAAGACACGAAUUGCAACAGUGCAAUCAAAGAUUGGCCCCUCCAGCCUUCCCAACCAGUGUCACUGAGCCAGCACAGCCUGAGCAGGAGUGACAGCUCAGAACCACAGCAGCAUUUCCUUCCCAUCCAGCUGAAAGGGGAAGCACCAAGGGAAGAGAGCCAGGUGUGACCUGUCCCUGGUGCAAUUCUGACACAGCCACUGGAGCUAUGCCAGGGAAAGACAAAUCCAACCCAUUUAACUGACCCUCCAGAAGAAUUCGGAAUUCUGCACUCCCACAGAAACACCAUCCUGACUUUGUUUCCAGCAAAACACUGGCACAGUGCAAAGCUGCUCCAAGGUGAGGCCACAUGCAGCUCCCAGCUGAGACCUCUCCCGCCUGGAACAGUGCUGAGGUUGGGGUGACAGAUGUGUCACAGGAUGGCCAGCUGUGCCCUGGGUGAGGCUGGCAGAGCUCCCUGUCCUUCCUGGUACUGUGAGCUGGGAGUGUCUGGGACAGAGCCAGGCUGGUGCAGCUCCUGGAAAUGCUUGGAUUUCCCCAAGCAGAGAGGUCAUGGGGUAAAGCUUUGCCUGGUUGUGCAUAAGGAAAUGUGUGCUGGGCAAGCCUCGCCUCAGCAGGGAGCUCAGACAUAUCUGUGUGUGUCACCUGCCUGUGUGUCACCUCCCUGUGUGUGUGUCACCUCCCAGGGUUUCAGGGUGACAUGGUGCUGGUGGUAUCUGUGGCACACAUCUCUGAUUCACACCGUUGUUUUGGCCUGGUUUUCCCUCUGCACUGCCUGCUGCUGCUUGGCCUGUGAUUUUAGUACAAAGAUGAACAUUUCCAUGCUCCAGCAGCCUGAGGGAUGCAGGGCACAGAGAUAAGAAUCCAGUUGUCUCUCUGACUCUAAAAUUUCUCACACAGAUUUUAUGAGUGGUUUCCAACCACUUCCAAACCUCAUCUUCCCUAAUGAUACACAGCACCCUCCACAAAUCCUGUGGCCUCUGUGCUGCUCUCCACUGCAAUUCCCAUCUGCUGUUGGAGCAGGGAAUUUGGAGAUGACAUUCCUUCAUGGAAUGGUUAGGAAAGCCAUGGAAAAGGGCACAUGGAGGGUUCUAAGCCAGUCCAAUGUGGAUAACCACAUUCCAGCAGGCCAAAACAAUGGAACCAGCUCCCUGAGCAGAGCAGAGUCAGAGCCGGGUGUGACACCUUGGCAAUUCAGCUUUACAAGUGAGGCUGAUUUUGGGGAGCCUCAGUGUGCCCCCACAGGAAAGCAACCAGGGGUAUAGAUGGAACAAGAGGUAAAUUAGCAGCACCAGUGUGUUUCCCAAUAAAAUUCACCCUCCCCUUUUUGUUUUUCCACAACAUCCUGUGAAAGUGCCCAAGGCUCUGAGAGCACCAGGUGGUGUAACUGAGCUGCUUCAUGUAUUUGCACAAAGCUCCUGGGCAGGUAGAGCCCAAGAGCCGACCCUGCCAGAGGAGAGGGACAGUCCUGUCCCCUCUUGUCCCCUCCUGUCCCCUCCUGUCCCUCCUGUCCCCUCCCAUCCCCACUCCAGAGGCUGCAGCACAGCCCUGCCCAAGGCGUUUGGCCUUUAAAUUAUUAUCACAGGGGCCAACUGAAAAUAAUAAAAGAAUUGUUUCUUUUCCUGAUGGAAUUUAUUUUAAUCUGUAUAUAACUUGUAAUUUUGGGCUAAUUCCUCUCUUAUUUUAUUUCUUCCUUAACAGUAUUUUUUUUUACAUUAGAUAUCAUUCUUGUGAAGAAAUCAUGUUAAUAUAAUACGUAGUGAAGGACCAAAAUCGUGUUGCUGAGGUUGGGUGUUGGAUAAGCAGGGAGCAGGAAGAUUCUGUCCAUGUGCCAAAUGACCCCAGUCAGUGCUGCCAGUGGUGCUGCCCACUCUGCAGACAAUCAUCCCUCAGCUCCCCUUUGCCUUGAAGCUCCUGGGGCCCUUGGAGGAAGGUUCCAGUGAUUGGGAGCAGCACAGGAGGAGGAGGAGGAGAUGCUGUGCCUCGAUGGGUGUCCUCCAGGAGAACAUGGAAACAGCCUUAAACGUGGGGAUAGAUCCAUCCUGUCCCACUGCAGCUGCUCAGAGCACACCACAUGUCUGGGCAUCUCUGUGGCACUGCCUGCUGUGCUGGAACAGAUCUGUGGGCAGCAGUGAGCGUUUGUGUGCUCUGACCAUGGUCUGUUCACCCUUGAAGAAAGCUCAGGGCAGGUCAGCAUCGCACCCCACAGCGCAGGGAGGUGACAGAGCAGCCAAGGGAGUGGCAGUGAGCUGGACAUCAAAAUGUGGGCCAAUACUGAGCAAUACUAAGGAAUGCAAGUGUUAUUGAGGGGACUUAUUUGGGGUGUCCCCACCCCCCUCUCAGCCAUGCUGUCAGUUGUGUCAUUUCUCCAAAAGCAGCUGGUCAGCUCCUUGCUCCAGCUGAGCUCUCCCUGUCACUGUCCCCCUCUCCAGGCUCAUCCUGGCUGCCCAUGGAUCUCCUGAGGGCCCCUGGCCAAGGAUAGGAAGGUAUUAUCCAGUCAGGGAUUGAGGACAUUAAAAAUAUAGGGCUUAAAAUCAUGAAAUGAUUUUUUUUUCAUAUUUCCUAAUUCAGUUUUCUCCCCAUUUUCUCUAGUUUGUGUUGUAGGAUCUCCCCACUCCUCUAAUUUAGCACUGAUUACAAGUUUCAGUUUUUCCCAUUAAGAUAAAGAAACAGGAAGCCUCACUGAACCUCUGUCAAUCUCUACCUUUCAUUGGAUUGCACUUGGAAUGUGCUGCAGCUCACAGCAGGUGUGGAGGUUCUGUUUUUGCUGCUUUAGCAGAGAAUCUCAUCUUUUUAAGAGGUCUGUGUCCAGGACAUUCUUCUACCAGAGCACUGCUUGCUUCCCAGUGCUGGGGAAGCUCUGGGAGCUGUGGUGAGAGGUGGAGCUGUGGUGUCCAAGCCCAUGGACACGCUGGGAUCCAGGUGAUGGUGGCAGGGAUGAGAAGUGGCUGUGGUGUGUCUGAUAGCCAGGGCACUGCUCCAGGUGUGGUUUGAACCCAGAGCUUUGUGUAGGAUCUAUUUAUUUAAAGUAUUUUCACAGCCACAACAGCACAGAGGAGAGAAGGAGAAGCCCUGGGGAUUUUUGGAGUGGUCAGGUGGGGCUGGGAGCUGUGCAGGGCUGUGCUCUGUGAAGGGCCCUCGCUUUGGCCAGAGCUGGACCUUCCUGAGCUGGUCAGGGAGGAGGAUGUGGGUCUCAUUUCUGUGCAUUCCCUGCCUCCCACCAGCUCAGAGCUGGUGGCUGGUCCUGGUGUGAUCGCUGCAGCUGGGAGCUCUCCAAUGGGAUGAGGUUGUCCCACAGGAUGUGCUGAGAUGCCAAGUCCUGCAGGACGUGUUGAGGCACCCAGUUCCCUGCUGUGCUGCUGGAGAUGUGCCCUUUGGUGCCUUUCCAAGGUGUGCCAGGCCCUGCCUCGCUGGGCACCGCGGGGACAUCGAUGCACAGGAGCCCAAACCCCAACGGGGCUGAACAAACCCCAGCCAGGCGUGCUGGGCUGAUUCCAGGACUAACACCCUGCUGGGGUGCUGUCCUCCUGGGGACAGCGCAGAGGAGGCUUUGCCCUCUCCCCACUCAGCACUUAGACACUCAGUGGCCGCUCCUGGAGCAGCUCCUGGCUGCCGUGGGGCGGAUGGAACCUUUGGAAAGCACUUGCACAACGAGGUGAAGGCGUUGGAAGCAUCAAAGCACUGGAUCGUGAGCCCCCCAUGCCCGGCCAGGUCGAUCUGCUGACUUCCCACUGGGAUUUUCCGUGCUGUACUGUGUGUGUGUGUGUGUGGCAGGGGCGGGGGGCAGCGCUGGGGACCCUGCCCGCGGUGGCAGCGCUGUCCCCAAGGGCUGGAGUGGCAUCGCUCGGGUCAGUGCUGGCAUCACAAGGGCAAAACCCUCUGCUCCUCGCCGGUGGUCAGUAGUGUUCUCACAAAGCCAUGAAACUUCUCCGUAGUGUUGAGUGAAACUGUGACUAAAAAAAAGUUCUUGAAUGAUUCCGAGGUUCUUUUUUU